GCUCGUGACAUUCCCGGCCGGCGCUGCUCUGUGGGACUCUCUGGCUCUCACCCAGCCUGUCAGGUCCGCUCCCCCCAGCUCCCAGCCCCGCCUCUCCCACCUCUCGGCCGCCUCCGCUGCCUCUCAUCACACCGAAAGCAGCUACCUGAGCUCAACGCCUGAGGACGACACAUCCAGAGCUGAGACUGGUCAGCUGCUCUUUAAAUCAGGUGCCUGCCGCUCCAGACCACGGAGGUGCACUGCGGCAGCCUCUCCUCGCGCCCCGGCACCACAGCCGCCAUGGAGGGCCGCCUGCAGGAGGUGUUCACGGUGAACGCGUUCACGGCGUCGCCGUUCGCCGGCAACCCGGCCUCCGUGUGCCUGCUGGAACUGGAGCUGAGCGAGGAGCAGCUGCAGGGCGUGGCGGCGCAGAUGAACCACUCGGAGACGGCCUUCGUGACACGGCUGGACACCGGCGCCGCCUUCCAGACGGCCGACACGUUCCAGCUGCGCUGGUUCACGCCGACGACCGAGGUGCAGCUGUGUGGCCACGCCACCCUGGCGGCGGCCGCCGUCCUCUUCAAGGCGGUGGAGAACCAGCAGCCGAAGCUGACCUUCAUCACGCGCUGGGGGCUGCACCUGACGGCUCGCCGUGACGGGGACCGGAUCGAGCUGGAGCUGCCGCUGAACGACAGACAGCUGUCGGCCGCCACCGGCAAGCUGCUGCUACGGCUGGCCGACAGCUGCACCGUGCAGCAGCUGGAGGCGCUGAAGCCGGACGUGGGCCAGCUGACGCGCCUGCACGACGGCGGCGAGGUGCGCGGCGUGAUCGUCACGGUGCGCGGCGGCGGCCAGUUCCACUGCCAGAGCCGCUACUUCGCGCCCUGGGUGGGCAUCCCGGAGGACCCCGUCACCGGCUCGGCGCACACCGUGCUGGGGCCGUACUGGGCGCGCCAGCUGGGCGUCGAGAGGCUCUCGGCCCGUCAGUGCUCGCCCCGCGGCGGCCAGCUCGCUGUGGCCGUCGACUGGGCGGCGGGGCGGACCCGUGUUGCCGGAGAGGCUGUCAUUGUGCUCCGGGGACAGCUGCGCGUCGCCUGACGGGUUGAGAGGUACUGAGCGGUCCUGAGGGGUCCCGGGAGGUCCGCAGAGGUCCUGAGGAAUCUCGUUAGGUCCAGAGAGGAACCCGACGGAUCGCCUGGCGCCGGACUGGUCUGGAGGACUGCGACCUCUUCGUCGUCGUCCUCGGUCUGAAGUAGCCUCGCCUGUCGGUUGCCUGGGAAGCCAGCCAACCCCCAGAGAAGACCUGGGUUGUCAGAUCUGGCCGGUGUCUGAGGGCUCUGCAGGUCACUUGAUGAUCCACCGAUGCCCGAAAGGGUCCCCAUAUCGAUAAGGGAGUUUGUUGGUCAUUCGAAGGCUUUUAACGUGAACAGAAGGUUUUUUGUGGAUGCAUAAUGAGCCUGUCGUCGUGCAGUGGCAUAUAUCAGUGGUUACGGAAGUCAAUACAUAUAUGUACAACAUCCCACAUAAAACGGCCGGAGAGUUUGAUGUAACGGCUGCACGGCGCUUUCACCUGUGUUGGGCACGGAUUCAAUGAACGUCACCUUUACAUUAACAUGACGUACCCACCACUGCUAACAAUGAGUGAACCAUGACAAAAGCAGACGAUUAAAUUUGUCAGCGCUAUGCUUGUGUUAUAAACAUGGGCCUCAUUUCAAGAGUGAACACAUACCGCUUGCCAGUGCC